AUGGCCCUCGCGCUCCGCCUACGGCGAGCCCUCGCCGCCGCCUCCACCUCCGCCCCGCUCCUCCGCCCGGCCGCCUCCGCCGCGGUCUCCCCCUCCCGAUCCCUCCUCCCCGCCCCCCUCGCCCCGUCUCUCCCCCGCCGGUUCCUCCCCGGCGGAGCCGCCGGCUUCCGCUCGACUGCGGCGGCCGCGGCCCGGGGAAACUACGGGGGCGGGGCCGAUGACUCCCACAUCUCCCCCGACGAGAUCCUCUUCGAGGGGUGCGACUACAAGCACUGGCUCAUCACCAUGGAGUUCCCCGACCCCAAGCCGUCCCGCGAGGAGAUGAUCGAGACCUACCUCAACACCCUCGCCAAGGUCGUCGGAAGUUACGAGGAAGCUAAGAAGAGAAUGUAUGCUCUUAGUACAACAACAUAUGUUGGUUUUCAAGCUGAAAUGUCUGAGGAAAUGUCAGAAAAAUUUCGCGGAUUGCCGGGAGUAGUUUUCAUCUUGCCUGAUUCAUAUCUAUUCCCAGAGACGAAGGAGUAUGGAGGAGAUAAAUACGAGAAUGGUGUCAUAACUCCAAGAGCACCACCUACACAUUAUAGCAAACCGUCAAGGACUGACAGAAACCGCAGCUUCCGUGGAAACUACCAGGACAACCCUCCACCACAAGGAAAUUACCCAAGAGGCCCACCACCGCAAGGAAAUUAUCAGGACAACCCUCCACCACGAGGAAAUUACAACAGCGGCCCACCACCACAAGGAAACUUCCAACCCUACCGUCCGCCGCAAGAUGGGAGGGGCUACAACCCACAGCAGAGUUACGCACAAGCUGGACAAGAUGGUAGAGGUUAUGCGAGGAAUAAUUCUGCAGACCGCUCAGGUUACAAUGGACCGCCUGCUCCUGGUGCUUUCGAAGGGCAGGUAAAUCAACCUGGUCAAGGUUACCAAAACCCGCAAGAGGUCAGGAACUUCUCGCAAGGGCAGGCAGGAGAUUUCAGGUCUGGUGGUCCUCCAGCACCUGGAACCUACGGGCAACCCUCUGGACCUGGAACCUACGGGCAACCCUCUGGACCUGGAACCUAUGGGCAACCACCUGCACCAACAUACCCUGGAGGUAACCAAGGUGGUCCUGGUACGGGUAUUGGUUUUGGUGGAGAUAACAGACAGGGGGCAGGACCUGCAUAUGGUGGAGAUAACAGACAGGGGGCAGGACCUGCAUAUGGUGGAGAUAACCUGCAUGGGGGUUCUGGCCAGUAUUCUAGCCCAGGUGAAGGACAACAAGGGAACUGGCAGGGUAGGCAGUAAGAGCUUGAUGCGAGCUUGGCCGAAGCGCAAAGGCACUAGUUGCUCUACUUGAAAUGUAGGAACUCCCACCUGUAAAAUAAACGACUGAACUACUAUACCUCUUCCUGCUGUCUGCGUUUAAAUUCGUGGCUUAUUAUGUACAGCAGUCAGGAGGGGGACUAGAUUAUUUGUAGCCAUACGUUUGAGGUUUUCAGAGGUUCGUGGAGUCAGGAACAGUGUGCUUCUGAUGGAUGUUGUUUCUGUUUUAUAUAUCGUUGAAUCUGUGGUGUAUUUCUAA